AUGGUGCAUGGCGAUGGUGGUGACGGCGGUAACAAUGGGACUCUGGAUGGCCCCCCUCAGCGCCUUGUCGAGUUGCUGCAGCGGGAUAUGCUCCGCAUCGGAGGUCAUUUGACGAUGCAGGAUUGCAAGGCAAUGGUGUGGUGUGACCCCCAUGGUGGGUGCAAAUCUGUGGGGACCACUGUGUUCCGUAGGGGACACACCGUGGUGGUGCGUGUUCAACAGCAACCGGACCUACCACAGCUAACACUCAAAUUUGUCACGGCGCAGAAUCACACUAGAAGAGUGCUCAAUGAGGCUGCUGUGCUCUACGCGCUCCAAUGGGACAAACCUUGUAGCCAUGUGGUGCAGUUUCUUGGCGUCACGUACCUUGGGCAUGAACAGUACGCAGCAAUAAGGAAAGACACACAGGUGCCAGCCGUAGUUCUUGCUCUGUACAAUACAGAUCUCGAACAACUCAUACAGAGAACGCGUAGUGCGACGCUCCCGCAGUGCAGAGAUCGAUGGUGGACUCUGUACAGGCAGCUCUCAACAGCGCUUGCGCAUGUUCACCGCGCGGGCGUCGUCCACGCGGAUAUCAAGACAUCCAAUAUCCUCGUCGACACAUCCACACCAACGCUAGCUUUCAAACUCGCGGACUUCACCGCAUCGUUCUUUCUCGAAGGUGCGCACGAGGGUGGUGGCCCUGCAUUGGAGACUACAUUGGAGUACUCACCCCAGAGUGCGUCGUCCGGGGGGUCGCAGGGCCCCACGCAACGCGGGGACGUUUACUCCCUAGCGUUGUGUCUGCUUGCGUGCAUCACGGGGAGAGAACCUUACAGUGAGUUGCUCAUGGAGAAGUUCCACUCGUCUGCAGUCUCCGCAGCAUCGACACAGUGGCUCAUUAACGCAAUAUCAAGAGACGACCCGAUCGCAUUGAACGUCCUUGAAAACACUCACCUGUACGACGAAUGGGCCGCGGAACUCACAGUCGUCAGAUUGAUGCUCAGAGGGAGGACGCUCCCAUUGGACUGA